AUGCACGUCAUACAGGCGAAGAUAGCGUUGGAGGAGGCGAGGAAGAAGGAGGUGCACGUGGAGGAGGGCGUGCCGCCGCCCUCCCCUCGCUGCAAUGCCAUCGUGAGUCGCCCCCUUCCCCUCCCUUUCGCAUCCCCUCGCUGCAACGCGGUGGUACUUGGUAAGACGUCCCAUCCAUCCAUGAGCACUCGUUCCAUCGCCUCUCCUUCGCCCCCUUCCUCUCCCCGCUUCCUCUCCCUCGCCCCUCUCGCCCCCGGCUGCUUCCCCGUCCCUCUUUCAUUCUGUGGCCCCUCUUUCUUGCCCGCUCACCGCGCGCCCGCGUGGCAGAUGGUGGUGAAUCCGCUCAAGGAGACGGAGCUCAUCAUCUUUGGCGGGGAGUUCUACAACGGGGAUAAGGUGCGCCCUGGGGUCAACGGGGAUAAGACGUACGUGUACGGCGAUCUGUACCGUUUCAAUGCAGACAAGGCCACGUGGCGCCUCGUCAGCAGCCCCAACAGCCCGCCGCCUCGCAGCGGCCACCACGCGGUCGCCUGGAAGAGCUUCCUCUUCGUCUUCGGUGGCGAGUUCACGUCCCCGAAUCAGGAGAGGUUCCACCACUUCAAGGUGCGCCCAAUCAGGAGAGGUUCCACCACUUCAAGGUGCGCCCAAUCAGGAGAGGUUCCACCACUUCAAGGUGCGCCCAAUCAGGAGAGGUUCCACCACUUCAAGGACCUAUGGCGGCUGGAUCUGAACAGCAACGAGUGGGAGCAGCUGACCCUCAAGGGCGCCCCCUCGCCUCGCUCCGGCCACCGCAUGGUGAGGCCACGGCAUGGUGAGGCCAGCGCAUGCUACUUCAACGACCUGCACGUGUUGGACCUCAACGACAUGAAGGCACGAUCCACACUGAUCCACUCUCUUCGCUUCGCAUCCGUGACUCAAGCUUGUUGGUUGAGGCUGAUCACUGUGCCUGAUUUCACCCCCCUCCAUGCCGCCACCGUCUCUCCCCUCCUUGCCCUCCCACCUCCAUGGUCCACGCGCCUCUCGCAGUGGUCCGAAGUGAAACCCAAGCCCGGGGCAGCAUGGCCCUCCCCCCGCAGUGCCUUCCAGUUCGCCGCCCACCAGGACAAGUGCCUCACAUGCCACUGCCUAGUGCCUCACAUGCGUGUGCAAGCAUGGGAGCUGAUGGUGCCGUCACAUGUGGCACGGCAGGUGUAUGUGUACGGGGGCUACUUCAAGGACCACGGCAGGGACGUGGACGGCAAGGACAAGGGCGUCGUGCUCUCCGACCUCUGGCUGCUCGACCCGCGCUCCUUCCAGUGGAACAAGGUGAAGCGGCUGGGGUCGCCACCGAGUGCGAGGGCGGGCUUCUCCCUGGCCGUGCACCGCAGCCGCGCCAUCCUCUUCGGGGGCGUCAUCGACCGCGAGGAGAAAGGUGCAGGCGGCGAUGUGCUUCGCAGCACGUUUCUGGACGACCUGUUUGCCUUCCAGAUGGACUCGCGCCGCUGGUUCCCCCUCCUCCUGCGCUCCCAGCAACACGCCCGCGCAGCUGCUAGGAAGGCGGAGGGAGGCAGUUCCACCUCUCUUCGCUCUUUUCCCCUCUCCACUCCUCUUUGCCCCUCUCCACUCCUCUUUGCCCCUCUCCACUCCUCUUUGCCCCUCUCCACUCCUCUUUGUCCCUCUCCACUCCUCUUUGCCCCUCUCCACUCCUCUUUGCCCCUCUCCACUCCUCUUUGCUCCUCUCCACUCCUCUUUGCCCCUCUCCACUCCUCUUUGCCCCUCUCCACUCCUCUUUGCCCUUCUCCUCCUCUUUGCCCCUCUCCUCUCCUCUUUGCCCUUCUCCACUCCUCUUUGCCCCUCUCUACUCCUCUUUGCCCCUUUCCACCCGUCUUUUCCCCUCUCCUCUCCCUGUUGUCUCAGCCCACUUCAGGCAGUGCAAGCGCCACACAGGCAGAUGGGGAGGAGGGGGAGGCAGAGAGUGACGAGGAGGCGGAAGGGAGGAAGAGCAGGCAGGCAGGCAAUGAUGGUGCGAGCGAGGAGGAGGAAGAGGAGGAGGUGACUGGGCGAAGAAAGCAGAGACUGAAGCGGAAGGAGAGGAAGGGGGCCAAGUCGAAAGCAGCAGCAGCUGCAGUCGCAGCAGCAGGGGCUCAGGUGGAGUAUGAUGGAGGCGAGGAGGAGUGGGAUGGGUGGGAGGAGGAGGAGGAAGCGGAGGAGGCGGCAGGCGAUGGCAGCGGCGGCGGCACAGAUGCACUUGCCGCUUCCGAAGGCGGUGCAGCACCAGGUUUGGAAGGGGGGGCGGGCAGCAGGGACUGCGAGAUGGGUGAGACGGAUGAGACGGGUGAGACGGGUGAGAUGGAUGCGAGCAGCCAGGGGCCCAGGGAGGCAGACGGGCGAAGCAGUGAGAGCGAGCAGGCAGCAGCAGGGAGGCCAAGGGGCGCGAGUGGUGGUGAGGUGCAGGGCGGCUUGCAGAGAAUGAGCCUUGAGGAGGGCAGUGUGGGCGAGGACAGGCAGGCGGGUGAGGAGGGCAGCGAGGGGAAAGGGGGCGAUGAGGCAGAGGGGGAUAAGACAGGGGGAGGCAGCGAGGCAGCAGGGGAAGGGAAGGAGAGGAAGGAGGGGGAGGGAGAGGAGGGCAGGAAGGGGGAGAGGGGCGAGGCGCCGUGCAGCCGCAUGAACGCGGGGUUGGCGGUGGGUGGCAACACGCUGUACCUGUGGGGCGGCGCCAAGGAGGUGGGCGACCGUGAGGUGACUCUGGACGACCUCUUCUGCCUCAACCUCUCCAAACUCGACCACUGGACCUGCAUUCACAAGGGGUCAGAGAGCACAUGGGUGGAGGUGGCAGAGGAGGAGGAGGACGAUGAGGAGGAGAGCGGCGAUGAGGAGAGUGGGGAGGAAGAGGAGGACGAGGAUGAGUCGAGCGACGAUGAGACUUCAGCCAAGGCCACGGGCGGCGCCGCCACGGCGUCGGACCUGGCAGCGGCGCUUCUGAGGGGCGAGGCUCCUGCGGGCGGCAAGCGCCAGCUGUCGCGCAAGGAGAGGCGGGCGGAGAUUGACCGGAUUCGCGUGGAUCUGGGGCUUGCAGACACGGCGAGGACGCCCAUUCCUGGCGAGUCGCUGAGGGACUUCUUUGCCCGCACGGGCGAGCACUGGCAGCGCGAGGCGUACCAACACACCCAGCGCACCGGCAAGGAGUUGCGCAAGGAUGGCUUUGAGCUCUGUGAGGCGCGCUACCGCGACCUGCUGCCCGUCCUCACUGAGCUUGAGAAGCUGGAGGCCGAGCAGAAGGCUGAAGAGGAGGCAGAAGCGGCGUCCAACAAGAGCAAGGGGAAGAAGGAGAAGGGCAGGCCGGCAGCACGCAGAUGA